AUGAGUGAUCAACUUUUCAAAGUCGAGUAUCCUUUCGAUGACAAUGGGCUGUUUACAGGUCUGCGCACCCCCUACCAGUUGCUUCAGAGUCUUUCUUCAUACAAACCCCAUUGUCAGGAUGAGAAGACGCGGAGACGGCCAGACCUUGAGGCUCGCUUGGUCAUAACCACGUGGUCUCAACUGGGGACACUGGUGCUCCUACCCCACAUGGAGCUUCCGCUGCACGAGGUGGACUCAGCUGGAGGUGAAGCUGCAUUUACACAACCCCAGACCUGCACUCCCGAGGAAGCUACCAAGUCCGACUCUCAGGACAGCUCUCACUUUUCUCCACCUGAUUCGUCCAAGUCAACACUUCGUACGCCUUCUGCGCUAUGUCUACCGAUUUCUAACGAAGUUGGGCAAAAGCCAUCGCGCUUGCGGGAGCUGAAUGUAAUCCAAAGUCCGUCGGCUCUCUGUCAUCAUCAGGUCAACGACAAUGCGAUGACGAACAUUGAGAGCUCAUAUAGAACCUCAUUGAAGUUGCCAUUAUCCAGCUCAAGACGUCGGUCGAGUAGACAUCGACGACGACUAGGAGGAGGUGGUGGCCUAGGGGGAUUUGAGACGAGAUCGGCGUCCAAUGCGGAAGCUAUCCAGGGAGGUGUCCACAUUGCUGAGCGUGAGCUGAUCAACCUCUCCGAGGCUUUUCUGGAGAACCAUCUAAAGGCCAUCAACGAUCUAAAGUUGGAAGCCACCGCGACGUCACAACGAGUUCAAGCACGGCUGAAGAAGCUCUGCGAGGAGCGCAUGGAAGAGUUCAAACGCAAGCAAGUACAUAAAUACAACAUCCGAUGGAAGUUGCGACUACGUCAACUGGAGAACUUUCAUUCUUUUCGCCAACUCACCUCGAGUCGCCUAUUUCCUGGACUUACUCGCGUCGUCUCUCGCUCUGCCUCCCCGCCUCUACCCAUCCAACCGCCCUCUCCGCCAUCCUUGCCACCGACACCACCAAUAUCGCCUUUACUGGGUGUCCGACAAUCUGUGCGCUCGCGAUCCCUAUCGCCCCAACGCUUCAUUCCGUCCCGAAAAAGGGGGUUGCCGCGCUCAUUCGUGAUGGACAUAAAGAAUGUUCAUCUUAGGCAACGUCCACUGAAGCGCUGCUGGCGCGUUAAUGCUGAAGAACUGUUAACAGUGAUUGGAGCGUCACUGCAGUUAUCCAAAAGAGAGUUGGAAACGCUUGUAAAGUGGGAGAAAAAGGAACGCGAGAGGUUUAGGAAGGUGAUGACCUUCCGGUUGUUGCUGGAGGAGGAGGCUCAAAAUCAGACGGUGAAACCCAUUCACGAGUUGCUCAAUAUAUUAACUAAGCAAGCCAAUGAUAUUUCACAGAAAUUACAAUUCCUCAACAACACCAAGCGCAACCUCUUUGCCUGCGGUGAUGCAACCUUCAAAUUUGGCGCAGGUAGCAGCAGCAUUGGCAGCAGCCUUGAACACCUUGAACUCCUAAUGGCAGCCAGUAGCAAUGGCAGACGCAGCAGCAGCAUCAGCUACCUUCCGCGCUUCCACACUCUCAAUUCCUCCAGAAUUGGUCUUUGUCGUCACCACCGUUUUUGUGAAGGAUCUCCUCAGAAUCCGGACCCUACUUACGCCACCCCGCGUGACAACCGCUGGCAUAGAGAUGAGACAACUACGCCCCUAAAUCAACGAUCUCUAGGAUCAUUGGCUAGGGAGUUAAAACGACUAGAUUCUCGAGCUUUUGAAAGGUUUUUCGGCUGUUUAGACCACCACAGAACACUUCUGGGUGGUCGGAAUGCUACAUUGCCCAAAGGGAUGAUCAGGGCUGCUGAUUGGAGGCAGGAGAUGCUAGGAUUGGAGUUAUGGACUAGUCGAUUGUCUACAAAUAGCGAUUUCUCCUACUUUGAGCUCUCUCCACUUGUGGGAAGGCAAAAAAGAUGGGAGGAGCUGGAGGAUAUGCAAAAAGGCGCGGAAGGGAAGGACAUCGAGGAGGGUGAAACGAUAUCGGAGAGCGAAUCUGACUACUGUAAUUAA